AUGGACGGCUAUCCUACUUCGCUUCCAAACGGACUUAAACUUGCACAGGACCCCAUCAACCUUGGUGGCCUCAAGCCCGAGUACCAUGACAUCGUGUGUGUCGGUGGUGGUCUCAGUGGUGUGAGUUUGGCUUGCAAGCUCAAGAGCAAGUACAAGAAGGUGCCCGACAUGGUGAUCAUUGAGCGUCUGCAGGGCCCUGCUGGUACUUGGGAGGCCAAUACCUACCCUGGCUGUGCGUGUGAUAUUCCUGCGCCUGUGUACAGUUUCAGCUUCCGUCAGAAGAGCGACUGGAGUGGCUUCUUCCCUCAGCAGACGGAGCUGCGUGAGUACGUGCACACCGUCGUGGCGGAGUACGGUAUUGGUCACCUGUUCCUCUUCAACUCGGUGGCGCUUGAGUCGCGUUACGACAAUGCUACGGGUCUGUGGCAUGUUCUCUCGGCGACUUUCGAUCCGAAGGACCCGCACAACGCUUCGCCGAAGAUCCGCUAUUUUGUCUCGAAGCUCUUUAUCUCGGCCGUCGGUGGUCUUUCGGAGCCCAACAAGUGUGAUAUUCCGGGCCACGAGAACUUCAAGGGCAAGAUCUUCCACUCGGCUCGCUGGGACCAUUCUGUUGACCUGAAGAACAAGAACGUGAUUGUUGUGGGUAAUGGUUGCUCGGCCACGCAGUUUGUGCCAAUUAUUGCCGAGGAGGCCAAGCAUGUGACGCAGUUUGUGCGCUCGAAGCACUGGUACGCGCCGCUGCCUGACAGCAAGCUUGUGAAGACCUGGUGGUGGAAGUGGCUGCUGCGCAAUGUGCCUUUGUUCAUGUGGGUACAACGUAUUAUCAUUUGGCUUGUUCUGGAGUCGCACUUUACGAUUGUGACCAAGUCGUGGCUGGGUCGCCAGUUCCGUGCGAGCUGGGAGAAGAUGUGCCGCGACUACAUUUCAAAGCAGGCGCCGAAGAAGUACCAUGACCUCCUUCUGCCGAAGAACAACGAGCUGAUGGUCGGUUGCCGUCGUCGUGUGCUGGAUAACAAGUACCUGCCUGCUCUGCACCGCGAGAACCUGGAGCUCGAGCCCUCGAAGCUUGUGCGUAUUGAAGAGGACGCCGUGGUUACGGCGGAUGGUCGCCGUUUGCCGGCCGACGUGAUUGUCAUGGCCAACGGUUUCAGUGUGAAAGCCGCUGGUUCGCCUAUGGUGACGCGCGGUAAGGACAUGACGCUGCGUGAGCACGACGAGAAGUACGGUGGUGGUGGUGUCAUCGCCUACCGUACCGUAUUCGUGUCGGGCUUCCCGAACAUGGGUAUGCUUGUCGGCCCUAACGCUGGUACGGGCCACAUGUCGGUUAUUUACACGUCGGAGCGUGAACAAGAGAUGCUCAUGUCAGUGGCCUCCCAUGUGCUUGAGUCGGCCAAGCCGAGCGAGGCGGCAAUUGCUCACUUGCCUGGCACGCCGGCCCCUGCUGGUGUGACCAAGGUCCCGACCUUUGACGUCAAGCUGAAGGCCGAGCUGGAUGAACAGCACUGGAUCGUGAAGAAGAUGCGCUCGACUGUGUUCCCGACCUGCGAAUCGUGGUACCGUGACCCGAAGUCGGGCCGUGUUACGGCUGUAUACCCUGACUGGCAGUGGCGCUUUGCGCUCCGCUGCUGGUUCCCUGUGUGGAAGGACUUUGAGUUUACGGGUCUGAAGGGUGGUGCCAAGCACCCUGCCACGACAAUCUACCAGAAGAUUGGCUGUGCGCUGGGUCUGGGUACGGUGCCAUACGUUGACCCGUCGGAGACGCCAGAGAUUGACCGCAAGUCGAUGAGCGCAUAA